AGAUCCACCUGCGGUCCAAACCUCCGCCGAAUCGAACCGGCCAUGGCUGUCCAAGCGAGAGCUCUGGUCACCUCCAAGUGGCUCGCCGAAUCCCUCCAGAUCCCGGGGAAGGUGCGCGUCCUGGACUCGUCCUGGCACUUGCCCAAACUUCAGCGCCACGCCAGGAGAGACUUCAAGAAGCGUCACAUUCCAGGCGCGGGGUUUUUCGACAUCGACCAGUGCUGCGACAAAACCUCGCCCCUUGAUCACAUGUUGCCGUCGGAGGCCGUGUUCGCCGAUUAUGUCGGGGAUUUGGGGAUCGACGGAGACACGCAUGUGGUGGUGUAUGACGCCAGCGACUGCGGCGCCUUCUCUGCGCCCCGCGCCUGGUGGAUGUUCCGGGUGUUCGGGCACAGCAGGGUGUCCUUGCUGAACGGGGGGUUGAAGAACUGGGUGCUGGAGCAGCGGCCGGUGAGCAACCAGCCUGUCAGACCCGCUCCUGUGGAGUUUAAAGCCCAGCUGAACCGAUCCUGGAUCAAGAACUACGAGGAUCUGCUGGACAACCUGGACACCAGGGAAUUCCAGGUGGUGGACGCACGACCCGCGGGCCGGUUCCGAGGACUGGAUCCGGAACCCAGAGACAAUACAGAACCGGGUCACAUUCCUGGCGCCAUCAACAUGCCCUUCUCCACCUUCCUCUCGAAGUCCGGCCACUUUCUCCCUGCCGAGCAGCUCCAGGCCCUGUUCUCCCGCGCCGGUGUGGACCUGAGUCGCCCCGUCUGCGUACUGUGUGGCUCUGCGGUGACAGCGUGUGUGGUGGCGCUGGCGGCCCACGAGUGCGGCCACGCCACGGUGUCCGUGUACGAUGGCAGCUGGUCGGAGUGGUACACCCGGGCCGUGCCCGAGCAUGUGAUCUCUGAAGGACGGGGGAAGCACUUAUGAGCCAGUAGCUGAGAAUCGUUUCAAACCACUACAUUUUUGUAUUUUUGAAUAAACCAUAAAAGCGAAUUAAUUAUAUGGGUUCACUUAAUUUAUUGAUUUAAAAAAUAAUCUUUUAUUAUCAAUUGUUUCUGUGAUGAAGUCAGUGCAAUAAAAAUGUUGAAAUUCUUCUGAAAUAUUUCUUUAACCAUUCAGGAAUCUAUUUUUGAAAUGUGUUUUAUCUGC